AUGAUUAGCAGCAGGAAGGUUGACUAUAAAGAUAUCGAAACAGCUUUAGUUGAAGUAAUUAAACGAAAAAGAGAUCCAGAAGAUCAUAUUAGAUAUAUAGCAAAGCAAUGCACUUCAAAUAAGAAAACCUAUAAUGAAAGAAUGGCAGAUUUUAAAAAUUGGUACAAUAAAGAGAUAUAUACUAGUUUAGAAAAGUUAUAUAAAUUAUAUUUAGAAAUAGCCAAUCAAGAAGAAAAAGUAAAAAAUAUAGGUGCAACAAUAGUACAUAUUUGUGAUAUUAAUGCAGGAGGUAUAAUAGGUGCAGUCACUUCUUUGCCAAAUGUUCCACUUGGACUUACAGGUGCACAAAUUAUCCCUGCUCAAAAUGUUGCUGAAGAUUGGACAAUAGCAGGAGGACAUCCAACUAAUGCAGUACCAGUUGCACCAAAUGCUGAAGAAGGUAAUCCUAUUGUUCUUACAGGAAUGUUAGAAAUUGGAGCAUUAAGACAAAACAUAUAUGAGAGUGUACCUUCAUUCUGGGCAAAAAUUCAGAAAUAUGGUGAUCAACUGGGUUAUACUUCAGCACAAAAGAAAUCUCAUUUCUUAUCUGGAGCACCAUCUCAACCUCACUAUGCAUCUAUUGCUCCUGCUAUUCCAGAUGUUAUACCUCAACAACUAGCAUUCCCCAUGGCUGAUAUGCAAAAAAUAAUUCAAGAUGCAUUUGCAAAACAGCAAGCUGAAUCUAAAGCUAAGAUAAAAAAAUUAAAGGCUGAACUUCAAGCAUAA